GCAGAUUCUUUUUCAGAAGUUCUUUAGAAAAUAUCUCUAAAAAGUGUUACUUUCUGCUAGAUCCUUUACUGCAGUGCUCCAACAAGACUGGCUGUCCUUCUGAGAUUGUAAAACUCAUGUGAGAUUAACAUCCUGUCAACGUUAAAGGAAGUAGUUCCAAGCAUGAAUACUCUGCUUCUGUUUAUGAGUGUUCUAGGUAUAUCCUUUGCUUCUCCAAUCAAAAGAAGUGUAAAUUUGCUUGGAAGUGGCUAUGCGGAAAAUGUUGCCAAUGUUAAUGCCAUUAAUGCAAACAAAGAAAUCUUAAGCAAUGGCUCUGGGAAUGCUGGGAGGAACCAACAGAAUGACGAGAAUGAAAACAAUGGGCAUCCAGAAGGAGCAAAAUUCAGUAAUUAUACAAGAGGACCCAAUCAAACUGGAGAGGUGUCUGCAAUUGAUAUUAACAAUCCCCAGGGGGCUUAUAAGGACAAAUCCAAUAAUCAACCAGCCCCUGAGGACCUUGAUAAUACCCAGGGAACACAAAACAUUGAUCAAAAUGCUGAGCUCCGCACAGGGAAAGGAAUUAACCAUCCUCAUUUAGACCUACAUGUGAACACAAACCACACCAGUGAACAGAAUCCAUCUGAACAUUUGCCAGGGGAAAACAGCGUUUAUGGUUCAGCAUGGGCAGAAGAGGGUUUUGCACCUGAGGAUGCAGAGCUCUCCACUGACAAACAAGAUGUCAUAGAAGCCCACACUGACAGUGGCUUUAAUGUAGGGGGAAAGGAUGAGGAUAUGGAUAGUAGCCACCAUCAUUCGGACAGCUGUUCUUUUAACGAUGAAGGCAUGCAAAGGGUUGAUCCAGGUAAUGCUGGUGAUAGUGGUGACUCUAACUCUAGUCAGCAGGAAGAAAGCAACAGUGACUCUGAGCAACCCACUCCAAAACACUGCAAGAGUAUUCCCAGUGAAUCAAAGAGUUUGAGUAAAUCUGGUCAUGAGAAUACUAGUGCCGCCAAUGAUUCCGUCAGCCAGAGUGUCACUAGUGCCUCCAGUGAAUCCAGUGAAUCCAGCCGCUCCAGUGAAUCCAGUGAAUCCAGCCGCUCCAGUGAAUCUAGCCGCUCCAGUGAAUCCAAUGAAACAAGACAGUAGAGUUCAAUAAGUCAAUAGUGACAUUCCAAAGGCAUCAGAUACCAGUCGCCGGCAAAACAGAGAAAAAGGCAACAGCCUACAAACAGGUAUCAGUGAAAAUAAUUCCGAUGAUUCAAGUAACUAAAACUAACUUGGUAAAUGGUAAACAACCACAACUGAAAAGACACCCCUCCAAUAGUAUCCCCACAUAAGUACUCGCCAAAAGAAAAGGAGGACUAGGGGCACCUGAGAGACUAACCAAUUUAUUUGAGCAUAAGCUUUUGUGAGCUACAUUCAUAGGAAUGCAUCUGAUGAAGUGAGCUGUAAAAGCUUAUGCUCAAAUAAAUUGGUUAGUCUCUAAGGUGCCACAAGUCCUCCUGUUCUUUUUGCGAAUACAGAUUAACACGGCUGCUACUCUGAAACCUGUCAAAUAAGUACUGUAGAUCUCUAAAGGACUCUACUUAAUUUGCUUUGGUGGUUGCAUAAUUUCAUUCGUGUUAAAGCUUUUCAUAAUAAAAGAGAAUAUUAUGUUGCAUGAACAAGCAUAUUUGCCUUCCCCAUUUGCAGCUUGUAGUUCAAAUUCUCUUUUCACUGACACCUGUGCAACCCCAGUGACUUGGGUGUCACUCUGAGAUGAAUUUGCUUCACAUUCAGAUCGUUCCAGAAUGUUUCAGUGACAUGGUGUAACUGUGCCUUGUAGCCUAGCACUGCAGAAUCUUAGCGUAAUUUAAUAUUUCAAAUUUUCUUUACACAUUUGUAAUUUCUUAAUCAGAGCUACAAGAAAGAUUGUUGUUUACCAUGCUGUGUCAAAGACAUUUCUUACUGCUGCCUUGUAUCACUGUUAUAUGUAAUCUGUUCAUUCUCUCCAGCUAUUUUCAGCCUCAUCUAUUUACUGUAAUACUGUAACUUCCCAGGGUGAUGUGCAUUAGAAAGAAAGGGGUGGUUUGGCGGAAUAUGUGAAUUUAGCUGGUAGCCCCAGUCCAGUCUCUACUGAGUCUAUCCCAUCACAGAAAGCACAUGUGGCACUAAGUGAUACCCUUGUUGGCAUAAAGACCACAACUUUUUCUUCUGUAGUUGGCCCCUAUAGCUCAUAAUUGAGUCAUAUUAGUGGAGCAACGUUGGCGGGACUGUACUACUGAGGUGGCUGAGGAAGUUUGGUCUCCAACAUAAUCGUUCUGCAUAGUCCUAUUACAGAUAGUCUUACAAAUGAUGUUUAACUAAAUGUAUAGGCAGUUAGAUCUUGGAGAAAGGUGUGUUCUUACAUUGUCUUGCCAUUCUUUUUUAGAAGUUGUGAGUAUUACCAGUAAAAUUGGUUUGCUCUAAUGGACUCUUGCUGACUAGACAGUUACUUAGGUGCACAGAUGCUGUCUUCAGGAUAUACUCCCACAAAGAAACGGAAAUCAUUACAAGGUCAGGAAAACCUCACAUCCAAGGCUAUCAAUCUGGCAUCUUUACAAGCAGCUACCACUGACAUCAGUGCGAAUUGAGGAUGCUCAGCACCUCUGGAAAUCAGGCCAGUGGUCCCUGCCCCAAAAGUCUUACAAUCUAAUUAGACAUCAGGCAGACAGUGACUGACAGACAAUUUGUGACAGUAACAAACAACAGAGGUAAAAGGCAGGAGGGAAAGAAAAGAGUGAAAGGAACAGGAUCACAUGGUUACUCAGCUAUUGUACAUGUACUCCUUGGCAGGUCCAUUAAAGUUAAUUUGAUUAUGGUAAAUGAACUCAUUUCCUGUAGUCAUUUCUAUAAAUGAUGGGGCAGAUUGUGAUUGUCUUAUUCACACAGGUGAGCAGUUUUUCAUGGGACUUCAGUGAAACUACUCAUAUGAGGAACUGCUUGUUACAUUAUUGAACUGGAUUUAAUUCUAUGGCCUAUGCUAUGUAGGAUGUCAGACUUAGAUAAUCACAACCUUAAAAUGCACGAGUCUGUGACAAUAUAUAACAGCUCAGGAUCAGCCCCUUAUGAAUUUGAGUAAGGGGUUCACAAUCUGCCCCUAUAUUUGUACAGACCAUCAUGAAAAAGGUGAAAGACCCGUAGCAUAUAUUAAAAAAAAAUGAUUAUAAUAAACAAACCACCCUCUCUCACUUUCAUGAA